AUGAAACAUUUUCUUGCUUCUCUGUGUCUGCUGGGAUCUCUUCUACACACCUCUGCUCAAUGCACUGCCCCAUCCCCGGAGUUUCAGCUGGAAGGAGAUUAUUUGAUAGGUGGACUUUUUGAUAUUCAUCAUGUCAGUACCUCUGCUCAUCAUGACAGACCAGAAGCUAUCGACUGCUCCAGUCAACCCUUCAGUCUUUCAAAUUAUCGGCAGUUUCAGUUGAUGAGAUUCUCUGUAGAGGAAAUAAAUAACUCUACUAACCUACUUCCAAAUGUAUCUCUUGGCUAUGAGAUCUUUGACCACUGCUCAGACGCGCAGAAUUUUCCAGGUAUUUUCAACCUCAUCUCAGUCAAUGGCUUGAUCCAUCCUUGGGGAGAACCAGGCAAGAAUCUGUCUGAUGUGUCCAAAGUGAUAGCAGUGGUUGGUCCCUUUACAAGCGUUGAUACUUUGACUAUAGCCCCACUGUUCAUGGCGGAUCUCAUUCCUAUGGUCAAUUAUGGAUCUACCAUUUCUACUUUUUCAAAAACAGCUAAAUUCCCAUCUUUCUUACGCACAGUCCAUCCCAAUAAGGGCAUGAUAGGAGUGAUUGUUAACAUUGUGCAACACUUCAACUGGCGCUGGGUUGCUUUCCUUAGUAGUGAUGACAGUUAUGGCGAUGAUGGCCUGGAAUUGUUCACAGAGAGGAUUAAGGAUACUGAGAUCUGCCUGGCAUACACCAAAGGUCUCAAUGAUCAUACAAAUUACUCCCAAGUGUUCAAACAGCUAGAGGCACAGAAGAUACGGAUCAUUAUUGUUUUUGCUCCUGAAUUGACUGCUGAAGCUCUCAUUGAGUCAGCAAUACAACUGAACAUCACAAACAAGGUGUGGAUAGCAGGAGAUACCUGGUCCUUGAACAAGAAGCUCCCCAAGGAGAAAGGAAUCAAAACGAUUGGAACUGUACUUGGGGUGUCUCAGUCAGUAGUGACAAUACCUGGUUUCAGUGAUUUUAUCUAUUCUACUAAAAGCCAGCAUCAUUGUGAAAACGCAAACCAAAAUAAGUUUUGUAAUCAGGUUUGCAACUGCAGCUGCCUGAGUCCAGAAGAUAUCCUUGCUGCAGACCCAUCUUUCUCUUUUCCUGUUUAUUCUGCUGUGUAUGCCAUUGCUCAUGCCUUACAUGGGGUCUUGCAAUGUGGAGCUGGCACAUGUAACAACAGUAUCACAGUGUACCCACACAUGGUUCUAGCAGAGCUAAAGAAGUCAAAUUUUACACUUUUAAAGCGGCGUAUUCAGUUUAAUGAGAAUGGCGAACCCAAGUUCGGAUCCUAUUCUAUAAUUUUCUGGAACCACAGUGGCGAUGCACAGGACAUUGGGUUUUUCAAAUUUCACCCAUCGGCCAAUUUCUUCAUCAACAACACCAAAAUCCACUGGUACACAAAUGGAGAAGUGCCUGCUGCACUGUGUUCCCCAGAAUGUCCUGUAGGACAUGCAAAGAAGCAAGAUGGUAUCCACAAAUGCUGCUUCACUUGUGAAAUCUGUCCAAAUGGAACUUACAUCAACAGCACAGAGGAUCCCUACAAGUGCAUCAACUGUUCGGAGACAGAAUGGUCUGCAGAAGGAAGCACAUCAUGCAAUCUACGGGUAGUAGAGUACAUCCCAUUCACAGACACCGGGGCUAUACUGAUCAUGGUCGGGGCCUGGGUCAUGGUGGGACUCACACUAGCUGUGUCUGUUCUCUUUACCUUUAACUACAACACUCCUGUUGUCAGAUCUGCUGGGGGACCAAUGUGCUUCUUAAUUUUAGGCUGCCUCAGUCUGUGUACUCCAAGUGUGUUCUUGUACUUUGAUAAGCCAUCAGUUUUUCACUGUAUCUUAAGGUUCUUACCAUUCAUUCUGUUCUACACUGUUUGUCUGGCAUGUUUUGCUGUGCGCUCUUUUCAAAUUGUUUGCAUUUUCAAAAUAGCUGCCAAGUUCCCCAAGCUCCACAGUUGGUGGAUGAAAUAUCACGGACAAUGGCUGGUCAUCACUGGGGCUUUUGUUACUCAGGCACUCUUACUUCUUAUUAACUAUUCUUAUGGACCCCCCAAACCUUACAAUGAAACACUGUGGUACCCAGAUAAAAUCAUACUUAGCUGUGACAUCAGUCUGAAAGCAAACACUGCUUCUGUGGUUUUACUUGUAUUUUUGUGCUUUCUUUGCUUUAUUUUCUCCUACAUGGGAAAAGACCUCCCAAAAAAUUACAAUGAGGCCAAAGCAAUAACGUUCUGCCUGCUCCUGCUGAUCCUCACCUGGAUCAUCUUUGCCACUAUAUAUAUGCUUUACCAUGGAAAGUACAUCCAAACUCUUAACUCUCUGGCAGUUCUCUCCAGUCUCUACUCCUUCCUGUUGUGGUAUUUCCUCCCAAAAUGUUACAUUAUCAUUCUUCAACCUUACAAAAACACGCAGCAGUACUUCCAAGGUCUCAUUCAGAAUUAUACUAAAACAAUUAGCCAGUAGCUGCCCCCAGUAAAUAAGUCUGUAAGGAUAUAAAAGCUGCCGCGCCUCAGGUUCUUAAAACUUGUAACAAAAGGUUAAUGAUUAAGCUUAGUAAGAUAGUAUUAGAUAUUUGUCUUGUUUACUUUUUAUUUCAAGGGUUCAGCUAAUCGUUUUAACAAGCAAACUGAAGAUGGAUUAAUAGUCUUCAGUCUCUUCUUGCUAGACCUUUCUUGCCUUGCUAGACGAACCCUCUCAUCAUCCACACCAAGAAUAUAUUCUGCAAUAAACUGGAGGAAUCUGUGCACUCCUUUGCAAUCUUUGAAAGCUGUUUUCUAAGAAUAUGCGCAAGUGCUGUCAGUGACAUGGUAUGGGGAUUACAUUAUUAGAUAUAAGACAGAUAAGAUUACAUUAUCACUGAAUUAUCAGUGUACAUUUUGUUGUUGGUG